AUGUCUUAUUCAAAUCGACAACAACGAGGCCCUUACGCAACUAAUGCAUGUACUAAUUGCCGAAAAAAGCAUGCAAAGUGUUCUGAAGAUGCUAUUUGCACAAAUUGUGCAUCACAUAACCUCAAGUGCAUUUAUGUUAAAUCGAUUAAAAAACGAGGACCGAAAGCGGCUAAUAUAUCAGUUAACAUUUUUGAAAGCAACUCCGGUAAAGCCUCGAAUAUCGAACAGGAACACACAUUGAUUUUAUCUCAAUUUGGCAUACCCAUUCCUAUCUGCCUCAACUAUAAUUAUAGUGAAGAAUUUCUGCCAAUUCAAAAUGGGUUCUUUCCAUACAUUAACACUAAUUAUUCUAUACUAAAUAAUGACACACCCAUUAAUUUUGUUAGGAACACAUUUUCAUUAUCUUCUUUGGCUUCUAAUUUAGAUUAUUGA